AUGCCCGCCCCGUCCACUCUUCCAAAGUACCUCUACAAAAUCGUCCCCGAGGCGCCGCCGUCCCCGCUCCCGGAGGAGUACCCCCUCUCCGACCUCGACCGCAACGACGGCUUCAUCCAUCUGAGCACCGCCGAACAGGUUCUCGGAACAGCCGACCGCUUCUUCUCGUCGGUCACGACGCUUUACCUGCUAAAGCUGCCCUACGCGUCCCUGGAGAAGGGAAUCCAGUGGGACGAUCUGCCGUCGGGCGGCGGGUGCUUCCCGCACCUUUACGGGCGCAACUUUGGCGCGGCGGAUGUGGAGGAGGCGCGGGGGUUCACGAGGGCGGAGGGGCAGGUUUGGAGCGAGGUUUUGAAGGGGGAUGCGUGGCUUGCGUAG